AUGACCGAUCACAUAUUCAAAGAUUGGAUGGAUACUCCAACCGAUAGUGGAGGACCUACCACCGAAGAGGCAGCCAUAAUUGCAGAUUAUGUUUCGUGUAGGAACACUAUCGGACAGGCCUUGGAUCUUGGUGUUUACAAGUUGCCAAACCUUUUAAUUGAUAUGGGCCACUAUCUCAAUCAGGAUUCGGAUCUCAUUACUGUUGCACGAGCUCUCUCAAUAUUUCCACAUAUUCUCGAACGCAUGGGGACUGAGUUCUCACGGCAAGAAACGCACUCCCUGGUUGAGUAUUUCUGCGCUCGAUUGGAGAACAAGGACGACGUUCUGAACUAUCGGGCCGGAAUAUACGAGGUAGCAUUUUCCCUAAACAUCCUCAUCAAAUGGAAGUGCUUCAUCCCCAGCGAUGCAGGAAUCGUUGCAAUGGCGGUGUUCGGACUUGCAAAUAGGAGUACGUUCAAGGACCAAAAGCCUACCACGCGCGUCAAGCUCUAUGAGGUUAUCGAUUUCUUGUUCAAGAAAUACCAGGCACCUCUGAUUAGGGACGUCAAAGUCACACCUCUGAUUUUAGGGCUUGUUUCCAUGGCGGAACUUGAGAAGAAUCCAUCCUGCUUGGGCAUUCUUUUCCCGCUCUAUACGCAUAUCGGCAGGAACUGGCGUGGUUACCCCCUCGGUGAUUCGGAUUAUGAUGCCAUAUGGGAGUCUUUUAUUCGAUAUUUCCCAGUGACCCUUGGUGGCGCUCCGCAAGAUCCAUCUGUUCCAUCAAAGGAACUGAUUAAAGAGCUUCUUCUACAAUGCGUCCUAUCUAGUCACCAUUACGCAAAAGGAGCUGUCCCAAGAUUUAUCGACAUGUUGGACACGAACACAGACCUUUCAGCGAAUCUCAAGAUUGAAGUGUUGUCAACACUCGCCGCCUGUGUUGAUUCAUAUCCAGUCCCCACCAUCGCCGAGUGGUCAUCCAAGAUUUGGGACGCUCUGAAAUUUGAGAUUUGGAAUGGUGAAAACGAGGAUUUUAUCCAAGGUGCCCUAGAAGUGCUGCGUGCAACAGCAGCAUCACUUGGGAGAAGUCAAGACACUUGGUCAACUCAAACCCCCAUGACGGAAUUUGUUGUAGCUGCGGCUACCGAGUGCAAGAGCCGGUUUCGCGAUUCCAAGAAGCUGUAUCUGGUCUCAAGUGGUCGAAUUCUGCAUGCAGUUGCCUCAGGUUCAUUGUACGCAUUCCAUCUGGUGGCCAAGACAGUCUUGCCCGCAAUGCAUGUUAUGCGGCAGGAUUUGAAGUUGCCAUCCGAAAAGAAGAUGCUGUUGACAGUUUACAAUUACAUCUUAGAUGCACGUCUUGCGCAGCCGCAAGAUGACCCGCAACGCGACCUUUUAGUCAGAAGUUUCGAAGGAUUCCGAGAUGGUAUUGUUGAGGUGUACUUUGACGCGGUCUCGAAUAUCCAGCAGGAGUCGUCGUCCUCGGACCUACCAUUUGGUGUACCUGCUGUUGAGGGUCUUGUACUUCUUUCCCAAAUUCCAUCUUAUCUCUCUGCCGUCGAACAGGGCAUGAUCGUCCAAGAACUCAACACUAUCUUAUUCAGCCCUCCCCAGGACAACGACAUUCGCAAUGCCGUAUUGUUGUCUUUGCAGAAGAUAUCGGCAAUGGAGCCCGAGACUUUUCACGAGAUCACCUUGACCAACUUCAUCGAGAAGCUACCGGACACGUUGUCUCACAAUGGAGUGGAGCUUAAGGCUAAUCUUGAAAUCAUCGCUGGGCAUUUACAAGAUCUGGUUGAAAUCGCUUGCUCCCGACCAUGUCAGAGACAGUUACAUAAUGGGACCCCGAUCAACACGGCAAGCAGCUACUGGCACCGCAAUUUCGAUGCAAUGGAGAACAAGCUUUUGGAAAAGUUAGACGUCGUUCUUCAGGAGAAAGGUCAGCAGGAAUAUGCGAAUAUGAUUCUAGCAGCAAUCUGUGGCGGUCUUCAAGUCUUCGACACGAAUCUGAAUUCGAUACGUAUCAAAUCUUCAGAGCCCAGUCCUCUCGAUCCCAAAAUCGGCCCAUACUCAUACAUUGUUAAAGCUCUGUUUCAAAAAGUCGUCCAGCAGAAGCGUAGUACUAGCGCUACCUACAUUGGCAUUAAGGAGUCGUUUGAUGAGAAAUUUGUUCAAAUGGUUGGCCGUACAGCUAUGUGGGCACUCCGUUCAAACCUUACCACAGCGGCGAACAGCAUGCCCUUGAAUUGGAAUGCCCUCCAUCCCGAUCAGCCAAGUGUAAUUUGGACAUUGUUCACACAUGGACUGAAAGAUGAGUCUCUCAAUGACUCCCAACAGAAUCUACAGAAGGGGCCAGCGGACAAAUGUCUGGCAAAUGUGUUGUCGAUGUAUCUACUUGCAGGCCAUCGACUGAGCGAGCCUUUGACAGAUGCACCAUUGCGAAUAGAACCUGCAAAGGUUGCCUCUUCGAUGAUCCGCAACGCAAUUAGUUCAGAGAGCAGAAGCUCCCGAUUUGGCCGCAUGUGCAUGCUCUGGUUCCUUCAACUUCUUGUCAGCAAGUACAGAGCCGCAAGCCAGCCAUAUGCCGCCAGCAGCUUUGACGCCACUUUGCACCAACCCCUACAGGUCAUGACCUUUGAAGUCGACAUCUGCAGAACCAAAUCUGACCAGGAAAUCAAAAACACCUACCAAACUCUCGCCUACUUCACCGCUGCCUCAAUCGCCUCGUUCGAUCACAGCAUGGAGCCUCUGGUCAACAUGAUGAUCAAAGCCCUCUCCGAUCCCAAAUACGGCCGAAGAGUCGGACAAAGCUUCCGCAUCCUGCUCGCCAAAUCAGAAGUCAUGGACAAGUUGAACUUCUGCAAGAUCCGCGCUCUACGAUUUCAGAAAGUCAUUUCUCUCGUUGUCAUCCCCCUCCAAGGCGCCUAUGCCUCCCCAAUGACAAGUCGUAUGGGAAAAGACAACAUCGUUAUCGCUCUCGCCGGUGUGCUCGCCUACAUGGAGCCCGAUCUAGUUGCCGAUGCCUUCGGUUUCAGCUCCAUCAUGCUCGAGGGCUGCGACAGCAGCGACGACUUCACAAAGGAGACUUUUAUCCACCUGCUGCAGGUGCUGAUCCCAUUCUGCCCCAAGGACGCCGAGUCUCAUCUCGACACCGUGAUCCGUCUGAUGACCGAUCGGACGCACAACACGUACGACUCGCCAUCCGAUGCUUCUGUCCGAUGCCGUGCUAAGGCGUUGGACGUUCUGAUGAGACUCACGGAGCAUCUUCCGGUCGCUGGACUCCUUCAGAGGAGAGCGAGGCUCAUGCCGGAGCUGGAUUUGGCCCUGGAUGAUUGCUCGAGGGAUGUGAGGGUCAAGGCGCAGGUGGCGAAGAUGAAGUGGUUGCGGUUGGGGACGGUGGUUUGA